AUGCUUCUGGUAUUUGCGGGGUUCCAGGUGUUAGGUGUUGUGGACAUCGCUCUUUGCGAGGAGGCCCGGCAGAACCUCCCCGAUAACCCGGAAGUACAGGCCUUCACGCAGUGCGCUAGGGGGAGCAGAAACUUGAGCGCCAGCUGCUGCCGUAAGCUGCUUCCCUUCGUCAGGUACUACGACUGCCUGGACGAACCAAUCUACAGGGCGGCGGCUGAGGGUUACCUCCGCGGUGUGACCACAGUGCAGACCAUUUUGGACCAAACAGGGGCCAUACACCCCACCAAUCGACAUGGCCGGACGUCGUGUGAAUCAGCAGAGUCGUUCAUUGACGUUGGCGAAGGAGAGGUUAACAGUAUCUCUAGCCAGCACGUAGGAAAUUACUUUGGAGGGUGGCGGGAACAUGCUGAACAUGGGAACAUGCGGGAACAUGCUGAACAUGUGCUCUGGGCGGCCGCGGUCUGGCUAUGA